AUGUUCAACCCCAACAUCCCCACCCCGGGCCACCGGGACCACCACCCAAUCGUCAUCGACGACGACGACGAAAACGAUGACAUCCUCGCCGAAGAAGAGGAGGAAGAAGAAGAAGAAGAUGAAGAUGAAGAAGACGAAGAGCUCUCCGACUCCGACUCCGACUCCGGCAUGCAAAUGGAGUAUUCGAUCCAUCAGCGCCCUCAGCCCGGGAUCAUGGGUUAUGAGCCAGAUCGCAAGAUCCGCAGUCGCCUGCGCGAGGAACGCCACGCCGCGUUAUGCGUCCUGCUGGAUCGAGAACUUCUCACGAUUCAAGCAUUGGCUGCUCAGGAGACCCUCCCGCAAUCCCGCCGUCGCUUCCUCUCGAAGCUCCUCGCCCCAGAAGACCCCGACUCCGCGGCCGCGAUCCGCGCGGAUCGAUUCACCGUGCAGCAUCCUGCUCCUUCCUCUGGCUCAGCCUCAGCUUCUACUUCUACAGGUGGAGGUGGGCUCGGAUCGACCGUCCCGAUGAUCGUUCCGCGGCGCGUGGUCGAUGUUUGUGAGACGGACGAUGCGGGGUGGCGGCGGGCUACUACGAGUGCGAGUCGAGGGGGCAGU